AUGAUCCCGUGCACGGCGACAAGCUCCUCCGCCGCCCUUAAGCUCGCCACCGUGCAUGCGGCCGUCGUGAUAAUGCUGCGAUCGGCAGCCUGCCCGGGAUACCAGCCGAGGUUGUACACCACGCACGCGACGGACCGGUUGGAGAGCGCGAGAAAGUCCAACUCUUCGUGGCUGCGCUCGUACAGCCGCAGCUCUCCCAUAGGCACGCCUCGUCCCCUCUCCUCCAUGUACCGUGCCCGCGUCUCCUCGACGGCCGUGGCUUGGAUGUCCAUGGCAUACACGACGCCCUCUCCGCCCACCAGGUGCCCGAGCGUGAUCGUGUCCGACCCGCGACCAGCCGUGGUGUCGAUCGCGACGGGAAGGUCGGUGCGCUCUAUCGCCGUGCGCCAGCACUCGCGCGCGAAUGGCCGGCCGUGUCUGAGCUGCUCUAGAGUCGAUCGUUUGUCGGCGUCUGGAGCGCGCGGUGAGGCCAUGGAUGAGGAUGCGCGGCGAAGGCAUGUGCACGGGCAACGGCGCAUGGAGGGUCGCGCCAUAUCUCGCAACGCAUGCAUCGAGCGACCGCCUAGGGGCGGGGUGGACCACCAACGCGCAAAGGCUGCGUACUUCAUGGUGUCUCACGUGAGAGAUGAAGGCAAUGGGUCAAGGAGCAAGAUGCAUGGAUCCGAGAUCAAGCUUGCGAGCGGUGGAUGCGUCUGGUGAUUCGCUGGCAAUGUUGGAGCGCGACGGAAUGUCUUGGCGAGAAACUGGGCGAGAAACUGGGAAGCGACUGCCUCCACCAGGUCGGUGUAAAGAAGAAAUCAGGUUGUCAUGAGCUAUGCGAGGGCUGGGGGUGACGGCGUGGCAAUGCAUUCCUGCCGUACAACCGCACCGAAACCAGUGUGCACGGAAUCAACACUGCUGGUACCCAAGGGUACAGUAUGCCAAACGAGUUGUGAGAGAGAGAGAGCGCGGUCAUGAAAAUAUGAGCUGGAGGUGAAUUUUUCGUCUGUGCCCGCUGUCGUUUGCACCGUGAUUUCCGUCAGGGGGGAGUGCCAGGGUACACGUAGGAUACUGCUUGUGCAGAAAUCGCGGUCAGCUGUUUAAAUUUGGAAGAUCCUCGAAAAGCACAUGUGAUUGGAGGAUUGAGUAGGAACGGUGCAAGAGAGCAGAUCCAGCAAUUGUAUAGCAUUGAUAGACCCGGUUCAAUGGAUGACUUUGUAGACAAUUUUCGUGAUUUUUUGUCAACUUCGUGUCCCAGUCACUUCAGCGGACCAAAUGAACUCACUCUGUCGCGCCUUACCUUCGAAGGUAGCUCACCCUUGCAAAAC